AUGAUCCGUCGCUGGGCGAAGCUACUGGUGGCCAUCUUGUUGAUUGCUCUCAUAUCAUGGAUGUUCCCCCUGUGGUUCCUCUCAACGCACUCGACAGAGUCGACUGCGCCCGGAGCCUCCUUCCCGGCGCUCUGCAGCAUCCGGUUCAGCAUCGGGCAUGAGCACAAGUGCACGGGGGUGCUGAUCAGGGGGCGGUUCGUCCUCACGGCGGCGCACUGCGUUGAGGCCGUCGGGCCCAACCCCGUCAUCUUCAUCGGGACUGACAGCCUGGCGCCCGAAAAUGCUGGCACGGUGCAGGUGCUGCGAGCGACGGAGGUGCACGUCCACCCCGAUUGGACUGGGAACGUCUCCCUGGGCUACGACGCCGCCAUGUUUGAGCUGUCUCGAACGCUGGCCGCGCGGGGGCCCACGCUGGCGUCGACCUCUUACGACUUGUACGCAAGCUCGGUCGUCCACACGCUGCAGAAGCGUCGCGGGUCGGGGCGGGAGUCUGGGCCAGGGACCGGCGUCAGGGUUGGGAGGUUUAACGUCGUGUCGAGCGACCUGUGCCCGAAGAUGAAGAACCUGACCCCCGACACGUUUUGCAUUUAUUCGGACCAGGAAGAUAUGCAACCCGGCACCUCCGGGGGCCCUGUGCUCGAAUACCAGGACACUGGCAGCAACGAAAUGGGUGAGCUCGACUUGUUGGUGGGAAUCGUGUCAUCCAGCAACUACUCGGAUCCCCACGCCAGCGGCAUCGCGUGCACUCGAAUCAGCAGCAUCGUCGAUUGGAUUAACGCCGUGGCGCCUCCACAGAAGGAAGACACUCCCAACCUCGCUGGACCCGUUGAACGUGCAGCAGAAACUGCUCAGAAGCUUCUCAUCCGACUGAAAAGCGACUGGAGCCAGCUGUUUGCACCAGUGGUGAUAAUAUACACCAAAACCGCGGCAACAAUUGCGACAGUUGGCAAAUCAACUGCCCAACACGCUUUACGCCUCUUCUUCGAGUUUUUCCGCCGAGGCGUUUGGAAGGUAUUGUGCCCGCUGCAAAGCGGGUGCCCGUUCGCCUUUCUGGGGCUCCUGCUGGGCGUGCUCUGGUGGCGGAGCUGUCUUCCAAGAUGGGCUGGAGUUGUCCAUGUGCUCAUGCGUCUCCUGGGGCAGAUUUGCAAUGCUGUGCGCUGUGUCGUUGAAGUGGUGGCGACGGUGAUGCCGGCGCUGAGGUUGGUGCGCCAGCUCCCCGAGACCCCGCACAUCGACCGCGCUAGACGGCUGUUCCAGCAGGCUGCCGAGGCGACCGCCGAGGGCCACCACACUGCCGCCCUGUGGGUCAUCCACGAAGCCAUGGAAGCAAUGGACGCCGCCAACUCGUGCUGCAGCGAACAGCGAACGACCAACUGUCAACUCCGCCCAUCGACGGUCGAAUGGGAGCGGGCGUUCACCUGCCUGGGGGACGCCCGCCUCGCCAUAGCGCGCCAGCUAGCCCAGCGGCGGGGCCCGGGGGCCCAUGUCCCGGAUCCCUUAGCCCCCGGGGAGGUUGAAGCGCACCGGCGGGAAAUGCUGGAGUUGGCCGGCGACGCCUAUCGGUCGGCCAUCGCCAUGGGCGAGAUCGCGCGCGGCAACAUGGACAUGGCGGUUGGGGCGGGUAUGGGCAAACUGGCGGCGGUGCUUGAGGCCCAGGGUGGGCUGGGCGCCGCGGAAGAUGUAUGUUGGGCUGCGCUGGGCGUGCUGCAGCGGGGGCUAAGGUGUGGGUAUGGCGGGGAGUGGCAGGGGGCGUUUGAUGAUGCCAUUUGCACGCUGGGGGCGGUGCUGGUGGGGCAGGGGAGGGGAAGGCUGGCGGAAGCAGCAUUCGAUGCUGUGAGGGAGGGGGCGAGGUGGAGGGGUGGGGGUAGUGGGGAGUUAUGA